CCUCCCGGCACUGGAGGGCCCCCGGCCGCUUCUCGCUCGCCCCUCCCACCGGGGGACGAGUUUGGCCGCUGCGGCCGCCUCCGGGACGUCCGCACCGCACCUCGGCCGGCCGGAGGUUUCGGUCAGACCCACCCGCGCGCGCGCUGGUUUCGACCGGGACGUUUGCAGAGAGAGACAGAAAGGAAGAAGGGCCGGGCCGAGGAGUCCGGAGCAGCUGCCCGGAGGAGAGCAGGUUGGAGCGUGCUGACUUGGCGGGGCCGAGGUUCCGGGGUGCAGGGGUCUUCCUUGCUAAAGCAGGCAACAGGUGCAUCAUCGCCCGAGCCCCCCGCGAUGCGGACGCCGGUGGUGAUGACGCUGGGCAUGGUGCUCGUGCCCUGUGCGCUGCUGCUUAACCUCACCAGCACCUUGACUCCCGCCUGGCGACAGCUGCACGGUUUCCUCGACCAGCCGGUGGACGUGGUGCUGUACCAGGGCCUGUGGGACAUCUGCCGAGAGCAGAGCAGCCGCGAGCGCCAGUGCGGCCAGCCCGACGACUUGAACUACUUCGGGACGGAGCCCGUGCUUGUGGCACGGGGACUCAUGGUCACGUCGCUGGCCAUCACGGCCCUCGGGUUGCUGCUGGCCACGCUGGGCGUGCGCUGCUGGCAGGAUGAACCCCACUUCUUGCUGGCCGGCCUCUCGGGCUUGCUGCUCUUCAUCGCGGGCCUCUGCAGCCUCAUCCCCGUGUCCUGGUACAACCACUUUUUGGACGAUCGCGACGCGCUGCCCGCCCCGAGCGCUCCGGUGAAGGUGCAGGUGAGCUAUAGCCUGGUGCUGGGCUAUCUGGGCAGCUGCCUGCUGCUUCUGGGCGGCUUGUCGCUGGCGCUCAGCUUGGCGCCCUGGUGCGAGGAGCGGUGUCGCCGCUGUCACAAGGCGCCUCUCGCGGGUCCGCGUCGCAGCAGCAUCAGCACCGUGUACGUGGAAUGGCCCGAGCCGGCGCUCACGCCCGCCAUCAAGUACUACAGCGACGGGCAGCAUCGGCCGCGGCCUGCCGAGCAGCGUGGGGUGGGCAAGCCCAAGGUGGGCUUCCCCAUGCCUCGGCCGCCCCUCAAGGCUUACACCAACCCGGUGGACGUGCUGGCCGGGGAGAAGGGCGUCGAGUCCCACGGUCCUUCCUCGCGCAGCACCCAGCCCUGCCUCGCCUCGCUGCCUUGCGACUCUGACUUGUAGGCGAGACACCCCUCCAUCCCCCACCCUUACCCCUAACUUUGCAGCCUGCUCUGGUCGAGCUGAGUUUGGAGAGUGGAUUCGGGCCCCACCACAACCCCUUGAUAAACUGACUGUGACUUGCAGCUGGAAACACCUGGCUCGGAUUCCAAACUCUGGUCGUGCCUUCCUUUCUCUUGGACUAGCUUUAGGUUCAGGUUGAAUUGGGUUUUCUGGAUCUCUUUGGGAUGGAGCGUGAAUUUAAGGGGUGAUGAUAUGUUAUACUCGCAGUUAAAGAAGUUAUAGCAAAGGUGUGUCACCUUGGUUUGGUAACAAAUACCCCAAAGCGAAAACCUGCAAAUAGUAGCUUAAAAAAUAAAAAGUGUAAUGUCUUGAAACUAUUCCGGUACUACGAAGAACCUCGCAGCAUUAUAAUUAUUAUUUUCUGUGCUGUAUAACUUUGAUAUAAACUCUCAAGAGACCAAGAUGUCGCUAUGAAGUUCUUGAAAUAUAGAACCCUGCAAAGGCCCGUUGUUGGUGUGGAAGUUGAGGUCACUGUCGCUUUUCAAUAUACCAGAAGAAGAAUGGAAAGACUAUGCCCUGUUCUACUUCUUGGCUACCUCGCAAUGAACAUAGAGGAUUCUAGAGUAAAUCUUCCAUACCAAAAGAACAAGAAACUGUUAAUUAUACUCAGUUCAAGUACAUGUAUAUAUCUCUUAUUUAUAAAUAAAUUUAGAAAGAUAAA